AGCAAUUUAAAGCAUCAUUCAACUUGUUUCCACCUUUUAGCUUUUAAGCACUUAAUUUAAACAGAAAUUUUCAUUUGAAAACACCAAUUUUAACUUUUUUAAAAUCAAAAGCUAAAAAGCAUUUUUUUUUUCCACAAACACUCUAAAUUUCAUUAAAAAGAAGUAAAUUCCUAACAAAAAAGUCUUGGUGUACACCCCCGGGUUACACCAUGGGGUACACCAUAUAAAUAGUCUUUCAAUUUUUUACCGGCUAAAGGGUCAUAUAGGGCCUCGAAUUAACUUAAAAAAUGCAAUUCACCCCUUAUUUAGAAGGCUCUGCACGGUCGUCGCCAAUUGUGGCGGUUCCCGGUUGAAUUUUUUGAUGAAAUUUUUUGAGCAUCUUCUUCAUUAAGUCUAGUUUACUCAUACCAAAUUUUAGCUAAACUUCAAUCAAGAAGGCAGUUAAAUGAGUUUUUGAAGAUAACUGCGCAGUUAAACAACGCAGUACAUUUCAGAAAAUCAUUUGACUGUCUUCUCGAUUAAAUUUUUAUCUGAAAUUUAGAAUGUAUAAACUAGACUUAAUGAAGAAGAUGCUCAAAAUAUUUCAUCAAAAAAUUCCACCGGAAACCGCCCAAUUGACGACGGCCGGACAGAGACUCUUAAAUAAGGGGUGAAUUACACUUUUUAAGUUAGUUCGAGACUUAUUUGACCUUUAGCCAUUUUUUACUUCUUUUUUUGUCACCCAUGCCUUUCUCCCAGCUUCAGCUUCUUCCACGCCUCACGCCUCAACAUCUCGUUUCACGCAACCCCAGGCCGGAACCCACCUUUUCCGGCACCAGACCUUAUAUAUCCAGGUAGCAGGUGUAAGCAAGCUCUGAUGUUUCCGUAUCAGUCGCAAGUCAAAGGACGGUCCACUUUUGAAGAAAAAGAAAAAGAACUUUGUUUAGAAAAAAGAAAUUAGCCAUAAUAGGACUUAAACAUGCUAAAAAACUCAUAUUAGGACUUACCAAGUUUUCUCUCGUUAAUAGGACUUAUACGGUCCUAUCUUGCGUUUUACUACUUUAGGAAAUAUCCUAAAUACCCCUGUUCGAAUUUGUGAUAUUAAUAAGGAAGUUACCGGCCUUUUUCGGUUAUCCAGUUUCAAACGGUUAAGGAGUUUCCUUUCUCAAAGUAGUUUCCUUGUUCAGGUUGAGUAUCACUAUUAGUUUCCUAAGUUUGUUGGAUAUCAUUCAACCUAACUAAUCAUUCGUUGUUUUUCUUGCAUUCUUCUGCCAUGGAUUUCUCUUGGAGUACGGCGUCAUAGCUGCCUGUGUUUCGUUCUUUGCAGAGAACCUUUUUACCACAAUGGAUCCUAUUUUACUUGUUAUGGUCAAGGUUGACGGUUUUUGGGAUUCUAACAACGUGUUCAACAAUGUCCACACAUGUGGCCUUCAUGUUAACUAUAAUGUUCAAUAUGCUUCUUUUAUUAACUCUUUGAGUGACAUCCUUUCUCAGUACAAAGCUAAUCAUAAUUUCAGGCUUUCUUAUAUGCGAGAUGGAUUUCCUCCUCCUGUUACUAUAAAUGAUCAAUCUACCUUAACAUGUUAUCUUUAUAUCAAGUCUCUUCAACCAGAUUUUUCAUUGUAUCCACUUUGUGUUGAGUUUUAUCCGGUUUCAUCUUCUCUUGCAUUUUCUAUUGAUGUUGGACCAUCUGCUUCUCCUUGGUCUGAAAAUGUUAUCAUUUCUUCACAGCAACAUACCCCUUAUGAUGAGAAUGUUGUUGUUUCUUCUUCCCAUGCUUCACAACAACAUACCACUUAUGAGAAUGUUGUUGUUUCUUCUGCCCAACAACAUUCCUCCUCACCUGCACUUUCUUUUGAUGAUGUCCCACCAUUUGGGCAAUAUGAAAAUGUUAUGCUAUCUGGGGUAAGUUGUGGCCAAUCCGAAGAUAUUGUUUCUUGUAGUAACACUGUGUCUGCAACUGUAGAAAAUGAAUCAUUUGAAGACAGUGAUGACAUGUCAGAUGAUAUGUCAGAUGGCCUUUUAACUAAAUCAUCUGACUCAUUUUCAUUUCUCCAAAAUUUUGAAAUCAUCACACAGUCCCAUCCUACUUGUCUUCUCCUCCAUGCUAUUUACAAAAAAAAAAAAAAACUUAUCCACCAUCUGAAGAUGUAUGCUAUCACAAACCACUUCCAAUACAGAACUAAGACAUCGAAGAAAAUAUGUUUGCAUGUUAUUUGCUUAGAUCCAAAAUGUUGUUGGAGUGUUCGAGCUGUAAAACUACAUGGCGUAACAAUGUUUCAAAUCAGAAGAUUCCGGCCAGUUCACACAUGCUCUAUUGAUUACAGACAAGGCAAACAUAGACAGGCAUCUGCUAGUGUGAUAGCAAAUAUUAUUGCACACAAAUACCUUGAUGCUUCCAAUAAACCAUACCCCCCAAAGCAAAUUCGUGAGGACAUGAGUAUGCAAUAUGGACUUUCCAUGUCAUACAACAAAGCUUGGAAAGAACAGAAGAAAGCAAUGGAGCUUCAAUUUGGUUUUGAUCUUGAAUCCUAUCAGCUUUUGCCUUCAAUGGCUUAUGUGCUUGAGAAAACAAAUCCUAGCUCUAUGUUUAAUCUAGUCACAAGGCAGGAUGAUGCAUUUUCUACCUUUUUAUGUCAUUCAAACCAUGGAUAGAAGUUUGGCCCUACUGCAGACCUGUUCUUAUAUUGGAUGGUUCUUUCAUGAAGGUUUACUAUAAAGGUACUCUCCUUACAGCUUGUUUCCAAGAUGCCAAUGAUCACAUAGUUCCUAUUGCAUUUGGUAUUUGUGGUUCUGAAACUAAAGCUUCUUGGAAAUGGUUCUUAUCCAAAGUUUGUCAAUCAAUAAAGUACAUACAUGACCUGUACGUAGUAUCUGAUAGGCAUAAAGGGCUUAUCAAGACCAUUUCUGAACUCUUGCCACAUGCUAGCCACAGUUUUUGUGUUGCUCAUCUUGGUCGUAACAUAACAUCAAAAUUCAGAGGAUCUGCAGCUGGUUUGGGAUGGAAGUUCAAAGCUGCCUAUAUGGCAGCAACUAUGAAAGAAUAUGAUGACUACUUAUCCAUGUUGGAUUCUGAAGACCCCAGGAUAAGGACUUGGCUAGACAAAUUAGGUGCUAACACAUGGUCAAAAGUAAUGUCUGGCCCAAAGAGAUAUAAUAUUAUGACAUCAAAUUGUGGUGAGUCUAUGAACAAAGUCAAUGUCUGUGCAAGAGAGUAUUCUGUGUCUAAACUUGUUGAUUUCUUGCGUGAAAGGAUGCAACAAUGGUUCACAGAGAGGAAAGAUAAAGCUGAGAAAACAAGUACUAUACUCACAAAGAAAUGUGAGAAACGCCUGGUAGCUUUGCAAGCUGAAUCCACAUGUAUGAAGGUUAAACCAUCAUGUGCAUAUGAAUUUGAAGUUGUUGACAGUAGAUGCAAGUCCUUUGUGGUAAACCUCAACUCUAGAAGUUGUACAUGCGGCCACUUUCAAUUAGAUCAAUUUGUGUCUGUUCAUGCUAUGGCUGCAAUCGGUAUACGCCCACACCUUUCAUGUUAUACGUACAUAUCUCCAUAUUACACAAGAGAUGUUUGGCUUGCUACAUGGUCUGGUAUCAUACAUCCUAUUGCUGAUCCUGACAGUUGGUCAAUUCAUGCUACUAUUCAAAACCAGAGAUGCAAGCCACCAAGUUGUUUGAAGCGUCCUCCUGGUCGCCCUAAGAAAUGCAGGAUUCCAUCCAUUGGAGAAUAUAGAGGUUCAAAACGUCAAAAAUGUUCUAGAUGCCAUGUGCUUGGGCAUAAUAAGAAAACUUGUAGAAAUCCAAUUCCAAUUAAUACCCAGUGAUGUAGAUUUGCCCACUCAUUUUAUGUUGUCUUCUGUUUUUUUGUACUUUUAACAAUUCUACUAUGUGGUUUGGACUUGGUUAUCAUUUCCUUGAACGUUUAAGGUUUUGUGCUUUAGCCAUUCUUGGCAUUUAAGUGUUUAUGACUUGUGCUUUAUCCAAAUGUUUUAUCCUAAAUGUCAU